AUGGAGGAGAUCAGCUGGAUCAUAGUCGCCAUCAUCACCUCCCUUGUAUCUUCCCUAGCUCUCCUGAUCUGCAAAAACCACCUCUUCCCAUCUCACAACAAGCUCCCACCAGGACCCUUCUCCAUCCCAAUCAUCGGCACCUUGCUCUGGAUGCUGAGGAGCAAAGGAUUCUCCGACCUCGAACCAGCACUCAGGAAGCUCCGCGCCAAGUACCACUCCAUCGUCACAAUCCGCAUCUUCUCACGUCCGGCCAUCUUCAUCUUCUCCCACUCCCUAGCCCAUCAAGCCCUCAUCCAGGAUGGCGCGGUUUUCGCCGACAGACCACCUGCUCCACCUCUCACCAUAAUCACCUCUUCCAACCAGCACAACAUCAGCGCUGCCUCCUACGGCCUCACAUGGCGCCUUCUCCGCCGCAACCUCACUGCUCAAGUCCUCCACCCUUCCCGCGUCAGGUCCUUCUCCCGCGCCCGCUCAUGGGUCCUCCACAUCCUCCUCCGCCGCCUCCGGGACCACCAGAGCAGCCUGAGGCUGAAGGAUCACCUCCACCACGCCAUGUUCGGCCUGCUGGUGCUCAUGAGCUUCGGUGACAAGCUGGAUGAGGGCCAGAUCGAGGAGGUGGGACGAGUUCAGAGGAGCAUGCUGCUGGGAAUGCAGCGCUUUCAGAUACUCAACCUCUGGCCGGGAAUAACUAGAUUCCUCCUCCGCCGCCAGUGGAAGGAAUUUCAUCAACUCCAUCAUGAGCAGCAUCGGGUUUUUCUCCCUCUCAUCAGAGCUAGGAGGGACAAAGUUGGAAAGGUGGAGGAAGAACAAGCACUGAGCUGCUACGUGGAUUCAUUGCUUGAAGUGGAGCUACCAGAUGCUGAAGACGGUGGCAACAAGAGAAAUCUUACCGACGAUGAGAUUCUGAGCUUGUCCACCGAGUUCCUCAGCGCAGGGACUGACACAACCACCACAGCAUUGGAGUGGGUCAUGGCGAAUUUGGUGAAGUACCCUGACGUUCAGGAGAAGCUGUUUCGGGAGAUUGAAAGCAUGGUGGAAGGAAGUGAGGAGGUUUCGGAGGAGGAGUUGGGGAAGAUGAAGUACCUGAGGGCAGUGAGCUUGGAAGGAUUGAGGAGACACCCGCCGGCCCAUUUCGUGCUCCCUCAUUCCGUGACGGAGGAUACGGUGCUGGACGGCAAGUUUAUGAUCCCCAAGAAUGCUGCUGUGAACUUCAUGGUGGCAGAGAUGGGGUGGGAUCCUCAGGUUUGGGAGGAUCCCAUGGCGUUCAAGCCGGAGAGGUUUCUGGAAGGUGGUGAGUUCGAUUUGACUGGAAGCAAGGAGAUCAAGAUGAUGCCUUUUGGUGCUGGAAGGAGGAUGUGUCCUGGGUAUGCCCUAGCCAUGCUGCAUCUCGAAUACUUUGUGGCUAAUCUUGUGUGGAACUUCAGGUGGGAAGCUGCUGGGGAGGUUGAUCUGACGGAGAAGCCUGAGUUUACCGUUGUUAUGAAGCACCCACUCGAAGUUAAGUUGUCCCCCAGGGUUAAAGCAUCUUCGCAGUAA